UCAGUUUGUAAACUACUUUCGUACGAGACACUACUAUUUGCUUAAACUAAAAACUGAUAAAAUUGUAUACCAUAAGUUUAAUACAAUUUUUCUCUAUAUAAAACAAAUUUUUGUGAAAAGUUUUCUAUUCGAUAAUAUUUUUGACCAAAGAAACAAAUUUUAAACAUGGAGGAAACUCCUGACAUGUUUUUCGGACACGAAGUAUACUGUGAUACUACGCAGGCUCCUCGGGGUGACGACUUGGUUAAGGUGUGCUUUAACAAUUACGUGAGGGAGUAUAGGAAGCGGUAUCUCGAACAAUACACGGAGGAUCAAAUACUUGAGGCAGCUACUGAGCAGUGGGAGAAGAUGUCCCUUAUCCAUCAGUUCCAGUACUAUUCGAACGUAGAAGAUCCUAUGGAUAGUACCGGUCCUGAACAUAUGAUCAACAUGGAGAACAUGGAAUUUGAGCGUAGUGCCCCAACAGAUAAAUGUUGCCCGAAAAAGAGGAAGCCCAAGUGUCGUAAACCCAAGAGAUGUGGCGGCAAACCGAAGCCCAAGCUAACAUGUCCCGUGAAGAGAUCCAGCUGCGCCAAACCGUGCCCAAAAAUGAAGCCAGUGUGUCCCAAGUCAAGGCCAUCUUGUCCUACACGAUCGUGUCCUAAACCAUUGUGUCCUAAACCAUCAUGCCGCAAGCCAUGUUCUCCUAAACCAUGUUGUCCUAAGCCAUCGUGUGCUAAGCCAUCGUGUCCUAAACCAUCGUGUCCUAAACCAUCGUGUCAGAGGUAAUCGCAGAUUCCCAAGUCCUGGCCACUUUCCACAUUUCGGCUCGUUCUAAAAAGGAUAUGUUUUAUAAAAAUAUAAAAAUGUGCUUUGAUUUAAAA